AUGGCUUCAAGGAAGGCUCAAGCUGUUCCCAGAACCAACACGAAGAACAAGAGCAUCCUUGCCGCAGGCGGCGCCAUUUCAAGCAUCGUAACUCGAAGCAAGGCAAGAGCUCUUGUUGCCUCCUCUUCCACCCCUACAUCAACCCUGCCAAAGGAACAAGAGUACCCGAGGUACGAACCUAUGAUCACCCUGGCCUCGCUAAGGGCACCAAGGGAGGAAAGCCCGAAGAAGUACUCCGAGUCUUUGUUUUCCGAUGCUGACUCAAGCGACAGCACAUCCAUGCAAGUUAUGGAUGGCGAGAAACCCAACCCGAAGAUUGAUCAUCUGAAGAAGGAAGACGACGAAGAAGACGAGCCCCCGUCCAAGCAGCAAUCCAAUGCCGAAACUUCCACCGCUGCUUCGGUGCCGCCGUCGGGGAGCAGGGUUCGGAUGGGGGACAAAGGUGAGUGGGUGCCGAGCAGAGCUCAGGGUGGCAAUUUCGUAAGUUACUUGCCCCAGGAUGAGGCGGUGGCGGCUGGGCUCGGCGCCGACGAAGGCGUAUUGGACGCCCUGGAGUCGCAGAGAGUGGUGGAUCUUCUUAAUAGAGAGCUCUCUCGCCUGCUGAAGUUAAACCCUAAGGAGUUUUGGCGACAAGUGGCUAGUGAUACAUCGUUGCAUGAAUUUCUGGAUAGCUUUCUAUAGUUUAGGAGUAGGUGGUAUGAUUUCCCUCAUCGCAGCGCCAAGGAAUUGGUGGCGGGGGUCAUUGUUAGGGAGUUUGAAUUGAGCCGCCGUCUGUUCAUGGUAUUAUAUCGAAUAUCUUCUAAUAGGGAUCCUGGCGCUCGUCAUGCUGAUAGUCUCAGUCCACAAGACCAUGAAGUUCUUUUGCAGGAGAUGAAGUUGCUUGACUUGCCUAAGUUGUUAGACAUAUAUGCUAUAUAUGGUCAUGAAAAUGAAGAUUUGACCAGAGUGCUGGUUGGCAAUGCAGUAAAAGUUCAUACUAGGAUCCGUGACAAUUUGACUGCAGUAGCAUCACAUUUCCUUAGCAUUGUCCAAACAAUGUACCAACGUAGUAGCUCAGCCUUGGAGACCCUUUUUUCCUCUGGAAACACUGGAGAACAUGGAUCCAGCCGUCUUCUUGCUGAUUUAUUGGAAGUUAUGGACUUCAUCAACGAUGCAAUUGUAUCCAUGGAUGCUUUCUUAACUGCAUACGAACCAUCUGCUGUCUUCUUGUUGUGCCCUGUUGAAACCAGUCAUGGGAACGAGGCAUUACUAAGCAUUCUAGCAAGGUUGCAUGAUUCAUUACUUCCAUCUUUGCAGCAUGGAUUUCAAAUAAUUUCAGCAGAUGGAGAAGAUAAAAUGGUGUCUAAAUAUUGCUUUAAGUUGAAGAUGUUAUCAAAGAGAAUUGUCAGAUUCGGUUGGAAACUAUUGGAUUUGUGCUAUCUAAGUGAUGAGGCCUUCAAAGAUAACCUCCCCAUUCCAGCUGCUGCGGAGAUGUUUCCAGCCAAAGUGGAGGAUCUUUUCAUUAGAUCAGAUAUACUGGUUCAAACUUUAAGAGAGAUUAAUGGAAUUUCCGUAUGUGCUCAGGAGAACCAGAAUAGGCAAACAUUUCUUCAAAAUAUUGAAAAGAACUUCAACAUUAUGAGCAAAAUGGAGAAUUUACAAAAGAGUGGAUGGAUAAAUAUGGAUGAUGAGCAGCUGGGGUAUGUAUAUGGAAUACUUAUGUCUACUCAGAAACUCAUAGUUAAGGAGCAGCCCAGUACGAAAGCCGAUUUGACAAACAAGAAGGUGCAGUUAGAUGAAGAUGUUGCAAUUGUGGAGUCGCGAAUCAGUCAAAUAAAGGACCUGUUCCCUGAUUAUGGAAAAGGUUUCUUAGCUUCUUGUCUUGAAGCCUAUAACCACAAUCCUGAGGAAGUUAUUCAGAGGAUUCUUGAGGGAACUCUUCAUGAAGACCUGCAGUCCUUGGAUAUGUCAUUAGAGACGAUGCCAGCACCCAAGAUUGCAACUGUUGGUAGGAAUGAUAAAGGGAAAGGAAAAGUAGGUGAGCUUAUAGCACCCACACCUCCACCUCACCGUCACCUGGUCCCUUACCCCUAUCUGCAUAUUCCUGACGCUGUCUCUGAGGUUGCUGCCGUCGGUGUGCGGCUUCUUCUUGAUCAUGCUCCAAGUGCUGACAAUUGCCGGGGCUACAUCUGGAUGCGCGGCGGCGGGGAGCAAGCCGAGCUCUAA